AUGAGUGUUGGUCUUUACUACUUCAACUCUGGCGAUAUCCGUUUGAAGACUCGUCGCGAAAUUCUAUAUGGUAGAUCCUUGAGCAGUACGGUGCGACAGGACCCUGUCCUAGCAAAUUUGAUUGUCCCAAUUAGAAAAACGGUCAAACAAAAUAAUACACUACAAUAUAUCCCUCACACCUCAAUUAAUUCUCUAAGACCCAUCAGUACAAUGGCUUCCGUCAACGGCUCUUCGUCAACGCUACAAAAGCGGCCUCCAACCCCCAAAUCUUCCUCCUCGGCCCCUAAAACUAUUAACGGUGGUCCCCCUCCUCCUAUCCCCGAUUCCAAGAAAGACGUUCAUCCUCCGCGGCGCUCCUCGCUCAACUUUCUACGUCGUACAAAGUCAGGUGAUCCAGUCCGCAAGGUCCCAGUCGUCGCCGCGGAGGCGCCGAAGCUACCCACCAUCUUCAACGGCGCGGCAAAUAACGCUGCUAUGCAGGCGCCACCGUCGCGAAAUGGGUUUGGGAGGGAAAUUAGAGACUCAGUCGCGAUUAUAAGCGGAAGGUUCGGUGCGGACGAGGAGUACGGUAACGGUGUAGGAAAGGCCAACCCGCUGGGUGGGUAUGUGCCUGGAAGGAAGUCAACCGAUAGUGUAGUGGGGAGAGAGAAUACGUAUGUGACCACCAGCACUGUGCCAUUUACAGAGGAUCCGUAUGCAAAGGAAGGAAGUAUGGCACAUAGAGGGAGGUAUUCGUACGCGAGUAAUACCAGUAGCAGUACUUAUAUCAAUUCCCCAAGACGGGUCAGGAGGAGGAAAGAUCCAACGCCAUUCAAUGUUCUCGUUAUUGGCGCUAAAGGUUGUGGUAAAACAUCAUUUCUACGCUUCCUCCGUCAGUCACUCGCCCUGAAGCCUAAGCGCGGGCAAGUGAUCACCGCGGAUGAGAGCCCUGAAGCUCCCGCACAGGCGGCCGACUUGACCGCCACAUUCAAUUCUUCAUACCUCGAAACUGACAUUGACGGCGAGCGCAUCGGACUCACCCUCUGGGACUCUGCUGGCUUGGAGAAAAACCUUAUCGACUUGCAGAUUCGCCAGACCGUUGCUUUCCUCGAAUCGAAAUUCGAAGAGACAUUCACCGAGGAAACUAAGGUCGUCCGUGCCCCCGGAGUAAGGGAUACCCAUAUUCAUUGUGUAUUCCUGCUCCUUGACCCUGCACGCCUAACGCCGAAUAACCAUUACCAUGGUAAAAGCGGGAGUAAGGAGGAUGUUGGUGGUCUUGACAACGAUCUCGAUAUCGCCGUUCUCAAGGCUCUACAGGGAAAGACCGUCGUUAUUCCUGUCGUUAGUAAAGCGGAUAACUGCACUCUCGCACAUAUGGAAUCUUUGAAGAAGCUCGUCCGCAAGGGUCUGAGCCGUGCUGGAGUCGACCCUCUAGAUGCACUCGAUCUCGAGAUUCCAGAGACCGACAGCACUGGCAAAGGCAACAGGGGCUCCCUCGCCGAAGUUGAUGAAGAAAACGAUGAUCUACCGGCAGCCCAUAACUCUAUCUCCUCUGCCGGGUCCGAUAACGGAAGAUACGAGGAGGAUGAAGGAAAUUUGUCGCUGUUACCAUUGUCGGUGAUUUCCCCGGACUCGUACGAACCAGGUGAGCCUGUGGGCAGAAAAUUCCCUUGGGGAUUUGCGGAUCCAUACGAUGAGGGCCACUGCGACUUUGUCAAGUUGAGGGAGGCUGUUUUUGUGGAUUGGAGAGGCGACUUGAGGGAGAAGAGCAGAGACGUGUGGUAUGAGAACUGGAGGAGUGAUAGGUUGGGGGCCAACCGGAAGAAUUAG